AUGCUUCUGCAAGUCUAUGGACGGAUUUCGGCGGAACGUAUUCCAUCACCACUCAAGAUCGUAAUCCAGUGGCUUGCCGUAGUCCCAGCGGAACGUAUUCCAUCACCACUCAAGAUCGUAAUCCAGUGGCUAGCUUCUCAGUUGGACAAUUACACAUGGGCAGAUACCGUAGAUCCCCAUGCUCUUUGUCAACCGCCAUAUGACUCACAAAAGCUGAGUUCUGCUUUAGCAAAGCAUUUCCCAGCUCCUUAUAAGCUGUACUAUUCUGAUUGUUUGAUAAGAAAUUCAGCAUGA